CCAAUUCGCGCGCUGAUACGUGGCCCUUUUGCCAUGCAGUUGAGCCGGUGCGUAAUCAGGCUCGGGACAUCACACACACACACACACACACAUGCAGCCGCGGGCAUGUGCAUCAAGGAAGCUGGCUGGCUCUGACGUAGUCGACACGACGAGCGACGAGGGGCUUCCAUCCAUACUUAACAUUCUGCCCCGCCUCUGCCACCCCGACGCUGUCCGUCUUUGUUGCAGUCGAUUGCAUGUUCCGGACGCUUGCAAAAAUGGCCCCCAAGACCUGGACCAAGGAGAGCUUCACGCUCAACACGGGCGCAAAGAUUCCCGCCGUCGGCCUCGGAACCUGGCAGUCCAAGCCUGGCGAGGUGCGUGAGGCUGUCAAGGCCGCGCUCCAGGGAGGAUACCGCCACAUCGACACGGCGCUGGCGUACGGCAACGAGAAAGAGGUGGGCGAGGGCAUCAAGGACUCGGGCGUCCCCCGUGAGGAUAUCUGGGUCACGACCAAGCUCGACAACCCAUGGCACAAGCGCGUCGACGAGGGCAUCAACAGCUCGCUGAAGAGCCUUGGCCUGGACUACGUCGACCUCUAUCUCAUGCACUGGCCUUCAUCGACGGACCCAAGUGACCUCAAGAAGCACCACCCCGACUGGGACUUCAAGGACACGUGGGCUGAGAUGCAGAAGCUGCCCGAGUCCGGCCGCGUCAAGAACAUUGGUGUCUCCAACUUUGCCAUCAAGAACCUCGACAAGCUCUUUGCCGAUUCUCGCUUCAGCAUCACACCUGCCGUUAACCAGAUUGAGCUCCACCCCAACAACCCCUCGCCCAAGCUCCUCGACUACUGCAAGGACAAGGGCAUUCACUGCACCGCCUACUCUUGUCUCGGCUCCACUGACUCCCCUCUCUACAAGAACGAGAAGCUCAAGAAACUUGCCCAAAACAAGGAAAAGUCUGUCCAGCAGGUCCUGCUCAUGUGGGGUCUUCAGCGCGGCACCAGCGUCAUCCCCAAGUCGGUCACAGCAUCCCGCAUCAUGGCCAACUUCGAGCUUGACGGCUGGGAACUGACGGACGAGGAGAUGAAGGAGAUCGACGCUCUGCCUGAGCGCUUCAAGGUCUGCGGAGAUGCUUGGCUCCCUGUCAAGGUCUUCUUUGGUGAUGACGAGUAGACUUCUUUGCUUCACCCGUCAAUCUUUACGUACAAUAAUGCCAUGAAUACAUAACCAAUCAAUAUGUAAC